AUGGAAAACACGUCACAGCUUCAUUUUGAUUACUUCACAAUAGAAGCUACGGAGAUAGAUGGGAAGAGUUUAGAAACGGGAACAGAAACUCGCAGAGGACAAGAAGUGUAUAACAUACCUUUCCAUCAUCGAGCUAUUGUUGCAUCAGUCUUGAUUGGAUUGACACUGAUCGGUCUGUUGGGUAAUAUCCUCGUCAUCAUCGCCGUCGUCGUCGCCAAGAAACUUCGUACGAUCACGAACAUACUGGUGGUCAAUCUGGCUUUCGCUGAUUUGGUAACGUGUCUCUGCAUUCCAUUCCAGGUUGUGGGGCUUCUAAGUCAAACAGAAGGAUAUCCUCUACAUGAUUUUGUCUGCGCAACGGUUGCAGGGGUCGCUGUCACUUGUAUUUGCUGUAGCUCCUCGACUCUAGUCGUCAUAGCCAUCGUCCGCUGGUACGUCAUCACUAAGUUCGUCCGUGGUCAACGGGGCAUCCACUCUCCUAAGAAACUCGCCACAGUAGUGGCGAUCAUCUGGAUUGGGUCUGCCGCGUUGACGGUCGUACCCACUCUUCUAGGAAUGGGGACACUUGGCUAUUCUCAAUACUACAGCCUAUCAACCAGUAUAAAUCGGCUCAUCCCCGGCACUAGCGUGUUCACACUCUACAGUAUCGUGUUAUUACCGGCAAAUAGCGCAGUCAGUCCGAUCAUCUACGGAUUCAAGCAUCCUAACUUCCAACUAGAUCUGGCUGACUGUCGUAUACAGGAACUUGGCUCGGGUAUAUUUAGGAAUCUCACGUUACUAACAUAUCUCUCAUUGGCCGAAAACUUUAUUAAAAUCAUUCCUGAGAAAGCUUUUCAAGAUUUACAGAAUUUACGUACCCUGAAACUGAAUUUUAACUCUAUUACAGUAAUCGAGAAGGAAUUAUUUUCUAGAAUACCCAGUCUCAAGUAUCUAUCCCUCCAGAAUAAUCAAAUAUCCACGAUAGAUCCUUUUACACUAAUACCAACAAGUCUAAAUGUGUUAAUCAUUGCGAACAAUCCUUUCACGUGUACCUGCCAACUUGAGUGGUUCAGGGAAUUGCUGGACAAGAUGAAUACAACAAUCUAUCAAAGAAGUGAGACUCGGUGCUCUAGUACUUCAUUCAAAUCGCUAAAAAAUCAGACUAUCUGGUCGUUCCAUCCUAAAGAUUACUGCGGAGUCAAUAUCUAUCUUAUCAUAGGUGUAUCUUUGGCAAUCGUGACCGUUCUGUCGCUAAGUGUCCUCGUAUACCUAAAGCGCUGGUGGCUGAACCACAAACUAUUUCUCUUAAAGUUGGCCAUCUUUGGGUAUCAAGAAAUCAUUGAAAAUCAAGGUCAUGUGGACUACGAGUAUCAGCUUAACCUCAUGUUCCGCGAAGAUGAUGAGUGGUGGAUCAACGAUUGCAUGAAGCCAUUCCUGCAGGGGAGGAUGCCACAUCUGGAGCAUAUUGUUUGGGGGGAUAGUGGCCUCCAUCCAGGGUCUUUCUACUUAAACGCCAUCUACGACGUCAUCGAGAACAGCUUCAAGACGGUCUUGUUGCUUAGCAACCAGUCAGUGGAGGAUACCUGGUUCAUGACCAAACUGCGUAUGGCCGUGGAGCAUAUGAAUGACACCAAGUUGGAGAAGGUCAUCCUCAUAUUCUUAGAGGAUAUCGAUGAUGACCACCUACCGUAUCUUGUAAGGCUGUUGCUGAGUCGGAACAAACCUUACUUGCUGUGGGUUGAUGAUGAUGAAGAUGGACAAGAACUUUUCUGGGCACAAUUUCAGAAGAGCAUGAGGGCUAACAGGAAAAUGAAUAAUGUAAUUCCAGUUUAGUAACAGAUCAAAAAGUGUGACUUCUACACUUUUAUGGAAGAUCGCGUGUCAUGACACGUGGUUGUAACUAGACGUUUGUUUACACAAACAAAACCAAUUCCUUGA